GUAUUCCUGGUAAAUAUUGGCCCUCUAGAAUAACUUAUUUAUUGAAAAUUUUGGAGCUUUCACACACGUGUUUGAAGAUAGGAAACAUAUUUUAUUAACAGAAAGAGGGAGAUUGAGAGAGAGAGAUGCAUAUAAACUGGUCUUUAAGCAGUUAGGGCUGAAUUAUAUAUAACUUGAUAUACCUUUGCACCAUCUGACAGAGAUCAAGAUGAUGACCCUGGACUUUGAUAAAAAGCCUAUGAACAAAGGCACUUGGAGUGCUGAAGAAGAUCAAAGGUUGAUAGCUUAUAUUAACGGAUAUGGAAUAUAGAAUUGGAAUGAGAUGCCGAAAGAUGCAGGCUUGUUAAGGUCAGGGAAGAGUUGCAGGCUUCGGUGGAUGAAUUACCUAAGGCCAAGUAUAAAGAGAGGAAACUUCAGCAGUGAAGAAGAUGAAAUCAUACUCAGUCUUCAUGCAAUGCUCGGAAAUAGAUGGUCUACAAUUGCAACUAAAUUACCUAGAAGAACAGAUAACGAUAUAAAAAAUCACUGGCAUACUCAUUUAAAAAAACGUUCUGUUGUACGAGAAACUAAACUGCAUGUAUUACACAAAUCUGAAGAAGAACUCCAAGAGAAUAAUUAUUCUGAAGAUGGCGACCUCUCAUGUUUCACAUCUCUAAAUGCAUCAAAUUCACCUGAAUCUAGCACCAUUCAGUUUUCAUCAGAGCUAUCCCAUUCGGCUGGUUUUUCAUCAAUAAACUCCAAUUCUGGCGAUGAAGCAGAUCAUAAUGAUAUCCAAGCCAUAGAGCAAAAUAUUGCUUUAUUUGAACUGCAUGGAGACUUUCAAUGUUUACAGGGUCAAUCAUUUUCACUAGACGACUUGGAUGUAAUGCAGGAUCCGAUGUGGCUUGAUGAAGAAUACACUGGUUGCCCAUAUGUUUCUCCAGGUGGUGCCAGUAAUAAUUCAUCUGAAUAUUCUUCUUUAUGGACUGAUAAUAAUCAUCAGAUCAUAGAAGAGAACGUUAACUUUUCUGAAUUAUCAAAAGACCAAUUUCUAUCUUCUCGAAUGGAACUUUGUUACACAGCAGAGGAUAAUGGAGCAACCACAUAUCAAGUGCGGGUCGAAGGGUCUGUGUAUUCAUACACUUCACAGAUUGCAGUAGAGAAUGAUUUAUAUGAUUAUCCUGUAAUAGGGUCUAAUAUUGGUCAGGCUAUAGAGGAGAAUAUUCUGUUGUCUAAAUUAUCUGAGGAAAGGCCAAAUGUAUUAUGGGAAAAAGAACAGUCCUCUCCAAUGAAAGGUUUCCAAAAGACAGAUCAGGAUUAUGGGGUAUAUUAUUAGAGGAAUAUGGCAAUGAUAUUAUGGGUGAAAUAUUUUUAUUCAGGCAUAUGGCUAGGAUUAUGUCUUUGUCCAUCUGAAGUUCAUGGCUUGUCAUUAUAUGCUGGUUUAUGUACUGCUACUUAGUUGCUAGCUAAGAGUCUUUUGUCGUACUUUUCUCUCUUUCCUUCCUCUAUCCCAUAUUAGAAAUAAUAUGUUAUAGCAACUACUUGAAAUCAACUGAUCUUUCUGUACUACAAGAAAUCAGGAAAAGAAAAAUGAAACAAAAUAGAAAAUAUCUAACUAUAUAUAAUUUAUUAAAACACUUUUGGAAUAUUAAAAAGAAAUGUAAAAGAAAAAAAAAAA